UAUAUAUAUAUACACAAUAUUGUCAAACAUUCUCAAUUCCUCUCUUAUUCUUCAGUGGAGCCCUCUCAUGGAAAAACAAGUCCCACCACCACCACUACCACCACCGCUACCAUCACCGCCACUGCUGCCACCACCCAACAGCCCAUCUUACCUCUUCGGUACUCCCUCACUUCCUCCACAAACUCAACAUGAUGAAGCCCUUCCAGACAUACACUGGGUUAGCCUUCUCUCUUGUCCAACUACUGGGCUCAACAACCAAAAGCCAUUGUCUCAAAGUGCUUCUUUAAACACCACCAGUACAUCUCAUGUUAAUUAUAUAGCUGAUCAAGAAGAGAAGGACAAUAAUAGAGAUGGAAUUAUAAGGAGAUCAACUAGUACUAGUAGGAUGAAAAAAUCAACCCUUCCUCGAUUCGCCUUCCAAACUAAAAGUGCUGAUGACAUUCUCGAUGAUGGUUAUCGUUGGAGAAAAUAUGGACAGAAAUCUGUCAAGAAUAGCAUUUAUCCCAGGAGCUACUAUCGCUGCACGCAUCACACUUGCAAUGUGAAGAAACAGGUCCAAAGGUUGUCAAAGGACACUAGCAUCGUUGUUACAACGUACGAGGGAAUUCACAAUCAUCCUUGUGAGAAGCUGAUGGAAACCCUAAGUCCUCUUCUGAAGCAAAUGCAGUUCCUCUCUAGCUUCUAAACUCAAAGCAAUUGCCAUGUGGUAGUGCAAGAGAAUCUAUUGUGGACUUUAUAUAUGUAAAUGGACAAAUUUAACAUCAUAUACUUGUGCAAGAGAAUCUAUUGUGGAUUUUAUAUAUGUAAAUGGGC